AUGGCGGCGCGAAAGGAACUCCAGGCGACGGACACGGAGAGCCUCCAGAAGCUUGCGGCGUUCCAGCGGCUAGCGUGGCGCUCCGUCCACGUCCGCAACGCCGAUGGAAGCGCCGACGACGACCCGAUCGUCCUCGACGUCGUUGCGUCCGCCACGCUCGCCGACGUCCGCGUUGUCCUGCGCCUCGUUGUCGACGCCAAGACACUGUGGAAAAAAUCUCGACCCAUGGGCUUUUCCUUUGUCCGGUCUCCCGACGAAUGCGAGCCCGUGCCUCUCUCGGACGAAGCACGCGAGCCGCUCACGGCCUUUCUUCACCACGGCUUUGUCCUCUAUGUACUGUACGCGCGGGUACUCAAGCCACCGCCGCGGUCGCCCCGGCGCGCACUCAAGCCAACGCUCACGGCAUCGCACCAGAUUGGCCUCUACGUCGCCGAUAUCGACGUCUACAUUGACCGCGUUGGCGUACAAAUCGUAUUGCGCGAGAUUGUUGAGACGUCGUCCGGCCGACCGAUGGCGGCCCUGCACGCGCUCAACGGCGCUGUGCGGCUCGAAUUGAAUGUCGCAGACAUGGCCGAUGUCUGCGAGAGUAGUGCCGACAUGAUUAGCGUCCUCCUCACGGACGGGCGUCAGCAGCUGCCGAUCGUUCAAAAGAUCAUCGAGCGCGUCGUCUUGGCACUGGACGACGAGGGCCAACUCCACCUCGGUAUUGGACCGAUGCCUGCUCUCGGAUCCCAAGCACCAAUUGCGCUGCGGAAGCCAAAGUCGCCCCGCCGAAAACCACCGGACGAGAAAAGUCCUGUCGAGAUCCCGCCCCCAACCACAACACCGAGCGAAGACGAGGGCGAGGUCAGUGAUACAAUUUCAACAUCCGAGCUACCUGACGUGGCGGCGCUGGUGCCAUCCAAGCACACGAGCAUACGCGAAGUGCCCCGGCACAGUGCGAAGCGCGCGUCGCUUGCUGCCGUGACGCCGUCAGCUCUUCUCGCAGUGCCACGACACGCCUCCAGUCGCAGUGCCGCGGGGUCGACCCGCGCUCUCUCGGUCGACGGGACCCCUCUGGGCGGCAGCUUGCGCGGCGAGCUUGUCGACGACCACGACGACGACAACAGUAUCUUGCCUGAUCCGCAUGCUACUGACGACGACAGAACCCACGAGACGCCACUCGAUAUGGAGCGCAGCUCGAUAUCGGUCGCACCCAUCGCGCUCGAGCUGGACCGUGCGCUCGUUGCGGCCUUGGCCUUCUUCACCGCUAACGACGCGACGCCUGUGCUGGCCUGUAUGGCGCGGGACGACCUGAUACUGUCCUAUGGCAUGGCCGAGGGGAGUCUCUUGAGCAAGGCGGGAAGAAGUGUCUUAGAGUUGCGCGAAGCGUUCCAGCGCGUCAUGCUCUUGUACUUGGUGGCCGCGCCGCAGUCGACGACGGCCGCCACCGCCGUCAAGCGGUAUCUUUGGCGUGGUCUCGGCUUUUGCCUGUGGCGCGAAGUGCGUGACGACGUCGUGUCGUCGUGUCGAUUCCAGACCAUGAAGACGUUUAGCGUCAUUCGCAGUCAUUACAAGCAGCGUGAGACGUACCCUGGCUUCAAGGACAAGCUGCCACACUACCCGGCAGCGGUGGUUGGCGCGCUCGAAUGCCUGCGGCUCGUGCUGCACCCGUCCGACGUGCUGUGGCUCGACGCGACCUCGGUCGUCGACCCAUGGAACCACGUCGUGGCGCUCGGUCUUCAUACGAUGGCCAUGUUCCGCAAGACGCUCGACAAGAUCGAAGCCCACUGCCGGUCACGAACGCUACCCGCGCGCCACCGAUACGAGAUUGGCGUCCGCGUCGCAGCAUGGAAGCUUCCCGAGGCGACCGACGAAGCGCUCUUUGGCACGCUGCACCUGCGAAAGCUCAUCCUUCUCCUCCUUGAAGCGUCCGACGGGUCGUGGCACCCGUCGAUCAAGAUCGACCACUGCUUUGCGCGCGCCGUAACUGGACGAGAGUCGACGGGUGUCGCACUCCACAUCAUGGAACUGCGCGACGUCGUCUCGCAACGCCUCGAGCCGUUGGUGCGCGAGAACGUCGUGGUGGAGGAAGGUCGGUGUGCCGAAGUCGACGCUCUCUGCGCGGCGAUGGUCACCGAUGCCUGGCCACCGGUCGCUCGGUGGUACAUGCCUCGGCGGCUGCUCCAGCCCAACGACGUUCACUCACGGUACUUUUUCGUGGCCGAGCGCGACGCCGCGUUCGAAAUGUCUCUGUCGGUGCACUUGGCCGCCCCGCUUCCGGUCGUCUACAGUGUCUCGGGCGACGCCAUGCUGUCGAGCAAGUCGCUGGUCGAGCUUCUGACGCUCGCUUUGCCCCUCUGGUCGACGGCCGCCGACGAUGGAUUGGAUUUGACGGCGAUGGGCGGCAUCCUCGCCUCCUGUGUCGGGUAUGGUGUCAACAUGCUCCACGCCAGUGUCCCAUCACGCCUGCAACAGUGGAGUCUUCUGGAUGUGUUUAAACUCAUGCGCGUCGAUCGCAUCGGUAUCGGGUCCGGCGUCGCACCCGAUGGACGUGUCGCCAUGGUGCUUUUACGCGUGUUUGGCGCGCUCGGAAAACCGCCGCUGACAGCACCCGCCGACGUAGCAUUUGUUUCGCAUCUUGCAACGACGACCGACUUGGCGUCGGUAUUGCACCACGGCGGCCUACCCAUGUGCAAGCUUCUGGCGACAAAGGAGACAACGGCGACUGUCUUGCGCGUCCCAGCGACGUCCGGUAGCGUGGAUGUGACGCCGACAGGUCCCGCCAACGACGCGCUGGAGCGCUGCUUGCUAGCAUGGCAGGACGCGGACGUUGGGCCAUCGUCGUUCCCACUGGUGAUGCACUAUAUGCAUACUCAAGCCAUCUCGGGCCACGCGACCGUCAAGGUCCUCAAAGCACUCAACCGGCUUCUAGACGCACAGGACACGUAUGUGGCGGCGGUCAUUACCCGCGCAAACGACGUCAUUGAUGCUGAUGGGCGCCAGCAUGACGGCGAUAUGCUUCAACGUCUCGUGGACCUGGCCGCGACACCAGGGCUGCCCGUGCGCAUCUCAGAGCUCGCACAAAAAGCGGUGCUCGGCGCACUGCUUCACCACGAGCUCGGGUCCCCAACCAAGCUUUUGCAGUACUUUGGGACGCUGCCCGACCAUGUGCUUGGCCUCCCAUCGUCGAGAUUGCCGUUUGAGAUUGCCGUAGCAAGUGACCUUGUGUUGCAGAAAGGACCCCUGCUGGCGCACUUGUCGGCGGCGAUUCUACUGUGCCUUACCGAUGCGGCGGCGACGCGUGAGACACUGGAAUGUCGAUUUCUUCGCCUCUUGGUCACGCCCGGCGGUAUCGAGUUUGUGCUGCAGAGCGCGGUGGCGACCUUGAGCCUCGUGGCACGCUGCAUGCAUGCGGCAAAAAGUGCGCUCGUUGUCUUGCACGGAGCACGCGUCAUUGAAGUGUUUGUCGCGGCCUUGGCGCUUCGUGGCGAAAGCGCCUUGCCCGACAGCCACGACCAAGCCAACGUCCUGCAGAUUAUCGUUGAGUGUAUUCUCUGCCGCGCCCAAGUUGCGGCCGACGUUCUUCAAGAUGCUGGGCGGGUCAUCGUAGCCGCGCUCGCAACGCUGCUUCAAGUCGCACCGUGGCAUCGAUCGGUCCUUGCGGCGCUCGCACCGCUGCUGCACGACUUGGCAGCUCCACAACGUAUUUUUUGGCUUGACCGCGUCACCGGUAUCGCAACGUCGGGUGCACAAUCGCCUGACGCGGUGCGGUUCAGCGCCAUCCUUUUGGCUCAGCACCAGAGCACGGCGCGGUGCCGCUGCGCAGCGCUGGAAUCGUCGACGCGUCGCAUAGUGAUCGACAUGGCAGCCCGCUUUGUGGCUCAUGUGUUGGCGACGGUGGGUGCUGGCUUUAGUACGACGGCGGCACCGUCGCGGAUGGCCAACGCUUCGAUCUCGCCCGACGGCCCGCGCAAGAGCCUUGCCGCCAACCGUAUUCAAACGUGCGCGCUGCGGUGGCUCUAUCGGCACCGAAAGGCCCACGGGUUCCUUCCCGCGCUGCUUCGAUACGCCGCGUGCCCGGUCUGUGAGACGUCGCCGUCGCUUCUCGCCGCCCUCGUCCUGCUCGUGUGCAACACUCGGUCUCUCUCGCUGCGUACGACGCCAUUGGAUGCGAGCCCCAAACUGCGGCUACAAGCGCUGCAAUGCUUGACCAAGCUCUGGUUCUACCCGUCGCUGGCGACCGCUGCCGUGACCGAUCUGCACGUCGACUACGUCUAUCUCGUGUUAACAUCCCACGACGACAUGGCUUGGCGGUCGCAGGCACUCUAUAGCCUGAGCUACCUUGUGCUGCACGCACCAUUCGUGCUGCACUCGCUACAGCGGACUAUCACACAGCCACUAUGGCCGACGUUACAUGCCACAGGGCCGUGGCUCGACGUGCUCUUACACACGUCACUGUUUGCCCAGCGGAAAUCACUGCUCGCAAGCGCCACGAUUGUCACGUAUGUCGACUGUGCCUUGCACUUGCUGGUCGUCUUGAGCUACGAGCACCAAUUGGCGCCAACGCUCACGCGCACAAUGGGAUUUACCCUUCGCCUGCUGCAAAUGGUAUGCAGACACACAUCCCACUGCAUUAUCUCAUGCUUGUGUAGCUCAAUGAUGCGCCGGCAAAAGACGCCGACAUGCAAUUACGCCGUCUCCGGGAUCGCAUUUUGCCCAUGGCUCUCUUUAUCACAACCAACGUACUCUUGCGCCUCGGCGCCUCCGAGGCGUUUGCGUUUGAAAUCCCUUGCGGCGAGGUCGCGGUCCUUCUGA